UAUUGACAUGUAAUAUAACGUGGGCAGGACACAGUCCUAAGUCUGUAGUAGAAUGUUGAUCUCUGGAAAGUGGAAACCACUUGCCACCAGCCGACGAGCUAGAAAGACCUGCAGCUUGUGAGAAGGAUCAAGUCUUUAAACGUUUUCUGCCCAAUUUUGUUCUGUAGUUUUCUUGCCACAUUUGGAGAAAUAUGAACAAGUGGGGUUAUGCGGAGCACAACGGUCCUGAACUGUGGCAUGAAUGGUUUCCUAUUGCCAAUGGAGAACGUCAAUCCCCGAUUGAUAUUGCAGCACAAGAUGCUGACUACGACCCCACUUUACAACCUCUCCACAUUGACUAUGAUGCACAUUCCGCUAGAGUAAUCAUUAACAGUGGACAUACCUUUAGUGUUGAAUUUGACGAUGGGGAUGACAAAUCAGUGGUCACUGGAGGUCCAUUUAAUGGAAAAUAUCGAUUGCGUCAAUUCCAUUUUCACUGGGGGCGUUCUGAUGACCAUGGAUCUGAACACAGGGUGGAUGGCCAGGCAUAUGCCGCGGAGCUACAUAUUGUCCACUGGAAUUCUGAAAAGUACGGUAGUUUUGUAGAGGCAGCUAAUCAACCCGAUGGCCUUGGAGUAAUAGGAGUGUUUCUGAAGAUUGGAGAAGACAAUGCAAGCAUAGAGAGGAUUACGGAUGCCUUAGAUGCGAUUCAGACUAAGGGAAAACAAUCAUCGUUUACCAAAUUUGACCCUUCCUGUUUGCUACCUGAUUGCUUGGAUUUCUGGACUUAUUCGGGAUCACUUACAGUGCCUCCGCUUCUGGAGAGUGUAAUAUGGAUUGUACUAAAGAAACCAAUAUCUGUCAGUUCCAGACAGCUAUCAGAAUUCCGAAGCCUACUGAGCACCAGCGAAUCAGAAGAAACUGGACCAUGCUGCAUAAAAGCUAACUACCGGCCCGUGCAGCCCCUCAAGAACCGCAAAGUCAAAGCAUCCUUCCAAUGACCAAUUUAUUUUAAUAAACAAAAUGGACAGAAA